AUGUUUGGAAAUAGAGUUUCAAGACAAUUAUUUUACCACAACAGAAGAUUCUUCUCUGUCACCCAGAAGUUGGCUAAGGCAGAAUUGACUGUGCGUACUCCCUAUAGAACAAUUUUCGAAAAUUUUGCAGAGUAUACCAGAAUUUAUGUAUGGACUAUUGACGGUCUCUUGGCUAUUGGCAACAGAUCUAAUCCAAGAGUUUACCUUCUUCCUCCAGGUGAGAUGGAAGUCACUGGUAUGGACAAGGGAGAAGGCAACAAUUUCACAGGUAAUGAUGGAAAACUCAUCCAUUCCGGUGGAUGGCUCUUUGUCCACGAAAACAACUCUAUUGAAGUCAAUUUCGUAGAUGCAAGUGAGAAGGAAGACUUUGACUUUGAUAAACUUACUCUUCCAGAUGGACUUGAAUCAGACUCAGCUGCAGGAAAGGUAGCCGCACAAUUGCAAGAGAAAACAUUUAAGAGAAUUAUGAGAGUCAGAUAA